UCUUCUCUCUUCGUGUCUCGUCAUCUCUCUCUCUCUCUCUCUAGUUCGCCCGCCGGAGUCCUUCUCUCGCCACUUGAUAUUUCAUUCAUUCAUUCAUUCAGAUUCUCUCUCUCUGUCUCUCUUUCGAUGGCGUCGUCGAAGAACUCCGUUGUCGUUGUGGCUUUAAUCGCUUUCGUUUUCGCCGUCAUCUCUCCUUUCGCCGGCGCUCAAUCCUUAGCUCCUGCUCCUUCUCCCACAAGCGACGGAACAUCGAUUGAUCAAGGGAUAGCGUAUUUGCUAAUGGUGCUCGCGCUUCUUCUUACUUAUCUCAUUCAUCCUCUUGAUGCUUCUUCUUCCUCCUUCUUCUGACUGAUCUAAUUUAUAAUGGAGAGACAGUUUCUUUCUGAGCUUCUUCAUCUCUUUUACUGUUGUUUUACAGUAAAUUAGAGAAAUUAGAGAUUUGUCUUCUUUUUUAAUUUUAUUUUUAGAUUUACCCUUAAAUGAUUUUUUUUUAUUAAUUCCAUGUUUCCUAUAAAGUUCGUUUAUUGUACAAGGAAGGACCCCCUUUUAUUUAUUUAUGUUUAUUGUUAAUGCUACACAUAACGUUCCAAUUACAAAUGUUCCCACUAUUCUUUUUGUUCA